GUGGGUUGUGUUUAUUUUGAUUUUUCUUUUAAAUUUUAAGGAUAAAUCAUUAUAUUAUUAAAAAGUUGUGCAUAAAAUCUAUAAAAACAAUUACUUAUUUGUUCACUGAGUGUGAAAAAAAUACAACAAUAUGCCGAAAGUAAGAAGUGCUUCGGGGCCUCCCCGAAAACAGGGAUUCAAUAAAUCCAACCACUCCAUGAAUCCCGAAAGGCCAAAAUCCGGUCUGAAGGGAGUGGCCAAUCCGAGAUCAAAAGGCACCAUUAAGCGGCUGCAAAUGUAUAGGAAUUUCAAGGCAAAGAGGGAUCGUACGGGUAAAAUCAUUACACCAGCACCGUUCCAGGGACGUUUACCGUCGGGUACUAUGGCAAGAGUAGAACCAACCCCCAAAUGGUUCAGCAACUCUCGCGUAAUUUCCCAAAACGCCUUGCAAAAGUUUCAGGAUGAAAUAGGCAAAGCCAUCAAAGAUCCCUACCAGGUGAUUAUGAAGCCCAGCCAACUGCCGGUCACAUUACUUAACGAAUCCUCCAAACAUCAAAGAGUCCACUUGCUGGAAACUGAAAGUUAUGAAAGUGUUUUCGGUUCCAAGAGACAACGUAAAAGGGUGAAUCUUAAAGUAAGAGAUUUGGAAGAGAUGAGUCGUUCGGUGGAAGCCCAGGAAGAAGAGUACGACGCCACAAAGGAUGUAGAUUUAGUACGUGAGGAUACUGGCGAAAAAGAUGCGCAAAGAGAUUGGAUUUUUGCAGCUGGCCAAAGUAAACGUAUUUGGAAUGAGUUGCACAAAGUAGUGGAUGCCUCUGAUGUCUUGCUGCAGGUCUUAGAUGCUCGCGAUCCAAUGGGAACCAGGUCCAAAUAUAUUGAAGAGUUCUUGCGUAAAGAAAAGCCUCAUAAACAUUUGUUCUUCAUAUUGAAUAAAGUGGAUUUAGUGCCUGUCUGGGUAACACAGCGUUGGGUGGCCAUACUCAGCGCAGAAUAUCCCACUAUUGCCUUCCAUGCUUCUUUGCAGCAUCCUUUCGGUAAGGGUGCUUUAAUCAAUCUUUUCCGUCAACUGGGCAAACUUCACAUGGACAAGAAGCAAAUUAGUGUUGGUUUCAUAGGCUAUCCCAAUGUGGGAAAAUCUUCGGUGAUCAAUGCUUUGAGAGCCAAAAAAGUGUGCAAUGUGGCACCUAUUGCUGGAGAAACUAAGGUCUGGCAGUAUAUUACCUUAAUGAAACGCAUCUUUUUGAUUGAUUGUCCUGGCGUUGUGUAUCCUUCGGCUGAAACUGACACCGAAAAGGUUUUGAAAGGUGUUGUAAGAGUGGAAUUGGUUACAAAUCCAGAAGAUUAUGUAGAUACCGUUUUAAAGAGGGUCCGUCCAGAAUACAUUAAGAAAACCUACAAAAUUGAAAGUUGGUCAACCUCACUGGAUUUCCUCGAGCAAAUGGCAAAGAAAUCAGGCAAACUCUUGAGGGGUGGAGAGCCUGACAUAACAGUGGUGUCCCGCAUGGUGCUUAAUGAUUGGCAAAGAGGUAAAUUGCCCUUCUAUGUUGCUCCCGAAGGUUAUGAAGUACCCAAGUCACAUUACGAACAAAAAUCACAAGCAUCCUUUGAAAAGGGCGAAACAGCUACUAUCAAAACUGGCGAAGAAGAUGAAGAUGGUAAAUCUGAAGCGCCCACCUUUGUUAGCGAGUCCGUUAAAAAGGCUAGAGAAUUUAAACAGCUACAAGAUUUCCGUAAAAUUAAAGUGGGCAUCGAUUUCGUACAAGAUGAUAUUAAGGAAUUGGAUAAAAUUGAUUUGGAGCUUCUGGCUCAGCAAAAGGCGGAGAGAGCUGCACGCAAAAAGGCCCGUCAACUCAAUGCCGCUGGUGGCGAUGAAGAUUCUAGCGAUGGUGCCAGUGAUUUCUAUUCUGAGGACGAAUACGAUGAAGAUCUAGAGAAAGUUGUGCAUAAAAAAGCAGCAAUCAAAAGAAAACAAAACGUUGCUAUAACUUCUUCAGGUAAAUUUAGAGUUGAAGAUCAAAUCGAAGAUUCCGACGACUCAGAUGGCGGAAAUGCACCAGCUAAGCCGGUAAAGAAAAAACUCACCGCCAAAGAAAAGAGAGCAUUGGAACGCCAACAGAAACGCAAGAAGGUGGGCAGUAAUUUCUACGAAGUGGCCAAUGUUAAAAAUCGUAAUCGCAACAAAAAGAAAAAGGAGUAAUGUGUACAUAUUUCAAUAUAUUCGUACAAUAAGCUUUUACUUUAUUUUUCUUUAUAAAUUUUAAUCAUUAAAUAAACAAUUAAAUCUUAAAAAACA